AUGGAGGAGCAGGAGGCGCGGUGCCGGCUGUCGGAGGCGGCGCAGGAAGGAGGGGGGGAAUGCGUCGCUUCCCUCCGCGUCAUCCUCUAUGACCUCAAAGUACCUCGAGGCUCGACGAGUGACGCGGAUCUGCAAUAUGGCUGCGUGUUGUCGGUAGGCAACAAGGCCAUCCUGCCGUCCAACGUCUUCGUGCCCCUCUCCACCCAGCCCACAUGCCUCGGCUCCCACAUCAACUUCCCCGUGCAAAGCCUGGAGUCGAAGCUGCGCGUUACGGUGGUGGACACGGAAACGAAUCACGCGAUGGGUGUGGUCUCCAUCCCGCUCAAGGACAUCCCCUUCGUGCACGAGAGCAUGGCCUUCGGUCUGGCCAAGUACUACGAGUUCAAGCCCACGUCCAAGGACGGCAUCACCUCCGUGCCGGGCGGCAUGCUGCGCAUCGGGCUCAAACUGCUCAAGCAGCGCCAUCCCACCCGCAAGCUGGGCGAAUGGCGAGGCAAGUCGGCCGGCGGCUGUCUCAAUAACCACACGUGGGUGGACAACCCCCAGUACUGGCUCUCCGUGUCCGUGCGAAGCAUCAUCUCUGUCAACCUACAGAGCACGCUGGGCAAGGAGAAUCAGCUCGGCUUCUACAUCAUCAAGAUCGCAGAAUUGAGCGAGCUGGUGCGGAAGCGAAAGGCGCAAGAAGAGGACGUGGUGAAGAGCGGGGACUACUUCAGCUGGAUGGAACGCGGCUCCGAGAGCGUGAGCAAGGAGGUGUACAUACUCCCGGGCAGUUACAUUAUCGUGCCCUGCGUCAAGUACCCCGGCGUCGAGGGCGUCUUCCAGCUGACUAUCGUCGGUGACUACGAUGCUGGAUUGAAGAUUGACAGUUUUGAUGAGGUCCGUGAUCAACUCGAGGGCGAGGUGGAAUGGCUGAGCUCGGACGACGAGUCGUCGGAUGUGUCGAGCGGCAGCGAUUCGGCUGCCAGCAAAGCACCCAAGCGCGUGGUGAUAAAGACCGAGAAGAAGAAGCAGAAGGAGGAGAAGCGACGGCAGCUGCAGCAGGCGCUGCUCAUGAAGUACGGCUCGAUGGGCAACGUCAACCGGCUCAAGCUCACCCUGGAGAAGACGCGCGACGUCAACGCCGAGGGCAUCUCCGCACUCACCUUCGCCGCGCGCAACGGUCACUUUGACUGCGUGUCGCUCCUGGUGGGCAAGGGCGCCGAGAUCAACAAGACCGACAACGAGGGCGUCAACGCGCUUCUGAUGGCCGCCACCGGCGGACACGCUGACAUCCUCAAAUUCCUUCUCUCGCACAAGGAGACCGAUAUCCUCGCCCGCGAUCCCGUGGGCAACGCGGCGCUUCCUCUCGCGUGCGCCAGCGGGUCGCUCGAGUGCGUGGAGCUUCUUUUGGAGAAGGGUUCCCUGGUGCACCAGACCAACGACCAGCGGCAGACGCCGCUCAUGCGCGCCGCUGCCGGCGGCCACGCCGACAUCGUGCACCGGCUGAUCAAGAAGGGCGCCAAGGCCAACUUCAAGGACACCUCCGGCCAGACCGCUCUCCACUACGCGUGCACCGGCGGCUCGCUCGAGUGCGUCAAGCAGCUCCUGGCGCACGGCGCCGAUAUGAUGGAGAAGGACCGCAACGGGGAGACGGCGCUGUUCAAGGCCUCGUUCCGGGGCCACCUCGACAUCCUGCGACUGCUCAUCGAGCAGGGCGAGAAGGAGUCCAGCAAGCACCAGAACCAGCAGGGCACCAAUGGCGGCCUGCGUGCGGCGGGCGCCAACUCGUCGCAGCACUUCAUCUCGCAGAAGUCGAAGCUGCGCGAGUGGGACACCAUCACGCUCCUGCUCGAGCCCAACGACGCCGAGGAGGAGGAGGCCCGCGAGCGCGCGCUCAGGCAGAUGCGGGACCGACUCGACAUGAAGAGCAGCGACAGCGGCGGCGAGUCGACGACCACCACCGUCACGGCCGCUUCCACGGGUCUCGGCGACUCCAACAGCAGCUCGGCCAUCAGCCACCAACAGCAGCAGCACAACAAGAAGCGACACGUGCUCGAUGUGCUGAUCGUGCUGAUGAAGCACGGCAAGCGGCGUUCGGCGUUUCAGCUCAUCUCGACCGAGGGCAUGGUCAAGAGCAGCAACCUGGUGCUAGAGCGCGAGGAGGAGGACUCGGGCAACGGCGAACAGAGCGGCGACGGCGACGGCGGGAGGGACGGCGGCGCCGUCGGCGGUAGUGGUGGCGCGCACUACAACGAGGCCCUGUCGAGCUCGUCGCCGAUGCCCACCAAGGCCAACACGCUCGAGCGAGACAAGGACAAGGACAAAAAGAAGGACAGCAAGAAGAAGGACAAGAAGUCGAAGAAGGAGAAGGAGGACAACAAGAAGAAGGAGAAGGCCCAGAAGAAGGACGGCAAGGACAAGGUGCCCGCGCUCGCCUUGGCGACAGACCCGCUCGUCGAAGUCAUUGCCAAGGGACAGCUGGAAAUUUUGUGUCUGCUGAUCGAGAAGGGCGACAUGGGCAACUAUCUCCAGAACAUGUCGCUGUCGACGCUGCUCUACGAUCUGGUGGACCAGCACACCUUCGACUGCCUGCUCGCCCAGUUCGAGGGCGUGCUCGCGACCCCGGGCCAGGACGACGAACGCACCAAGAAGCGGCUCAAGCACCGGUCGCGCAGUCUGUCGCCACGGAAGGACGGCGGCGCGGACGAGGUGCGACAGCUGAGCCUGGCCAUGUUCUCCCCGCUCACGGGUCCGUUCGGCUGCGUGCUGGCCGCGGUCGACGGCGUCAGUCUGACCGUCGUCAACUGCAUCGACCAUGCCGACUCCGCCAAAGAUACUAUCGACCUGAAAAAGAAUUCGGCGGAUCCGGGUACCCCGCGUACACCCCGAGGCACGCCUAUUGCGAUGCAGAGCAGUAUGCGGCGAUUCAUCAAGGCCGGCUACAUGGACCUCCUGGGCGUCCUUUUCAAUACUCGACGCGCCCUGCUCUCGUCCUCCCACUCCAUCCAAACGACAGCCGGCGGACGGAAAAAGAAGGCGAGCGUCAACCGGCAACUGUUCGUGUGGAUACGCGAGGCGAAGGAUCUAGUUGCGAGCGUCGACGGCGACUCGGUGGACCACAAAUCGAACAACUACCGCCAUCACCAGACGAAGAGCAACGGUGAUGCCCCGGCAGAGCUGGAGAAGGCACGAAGCGAGAAGAAGAAGGAACCGAUCGACGUGAAGGCGUCGAAGGAACAGGCGGCGAUCCCGGAGGUCGGCGAGGGAGGACUGUCGCCCUACUGCGAGGUCAAGUGGGGCAAGGCGGCGCAGAGGACCGGCGUGCGCAAGCUCGACGAGCAGCCCCGCUGGUUCGAGCGAUUUCAUUUUGACUUGGGCGACCCGUUGGCGGACCAGCGGCUCGAGGUCUCUGUGUUCGACACCAACAAGUCGCUGGAGAUCUCGCUGGGAGACAUCAUGCGCGAUGCCGACCGGGGCAGGAUCGGACCGAAGUGGUUCGCGCUGCAGGACAAGGAGGGCAACGUGACGGGAGGCAACCUGUGCAUGCAACUCAACGUCCAACUCCUCGCCUCCUCGUCUCCUCACAAGUACUCCCUCCUUCUCCCCUUAUUCUUAUUCUUAUUCUUAUUCUUGUACCUUCUCCUGAGCUGA